CACUUUCCAUCUGGGACUGUUGGUGGCAGACAGCUAUAGGAGAAGACAGCACUUGUUUUUGUGCUAAUUAGACACACACGUGGUAGUAAUGAAGGCUAUUCAUUAGACUGAUAUAAUUUAAUAUCAUUAUUCACACUUGAAAGUGCUCCAACUACAUCAGUUGUUGCAGCCUGCAAGCCAAAAUAUUCUGUCUUGGGUGUCCAUGGCAGCAUUAAGUCACCAGAAGUUGAGUGGGCUGAUAUUCAUAGAGGUGGAAAGGAACAAUUUCUGAUGGGAGUAUUAAGAAAUUAAAAGCUUUGGCAAGAAGACCCUUUAUUGAAAUGCGUAAAUAUGGGAUUAGACCCCAGAGCCAUCAAGUCAGGAACCCAUCCAUGACUGAGCCACCUUUCCUCCCCUUGCAACCACAGACGUGCAGGGGGAACAGAGAUCUAUGCACAUCUGCCUUUCUUAGGCAUCCGCUUUUGAAAUUUUACUUUGAAAAACCCAGGAUUACAGUAUUUGUUUAUGAAAUGAAACGGUAAAGCACAAAAUGCUUUUCUUAAUAUACUAGAGUCACCUCCUCAUUAUGUGUAAGGAGCAAAUUUUUAUGGUAAAUAUGUUAAAGUACACAUUUAACCCAACUUAUUUCAAAUAUCUUUGCAAUACUUCUGUAAACAUUUGCCAAUAGAUUAGACUUUAAUUAUUAGCUAUUUACUGCAGAGGAUUCUCCACACUGGUAAAAGCAAAUGUAAAAUAAAAUGCUCCUAUCUGAGUAGAGGCUUAAGCAAGAGCUAAAUUAAAUCUUUGUGUUAAUAUUAUUCAUAGAAAGGCAGAUGGGAGCAGAAAAUGUUGCAAUGAAGAAUAUGGAAUGAGAUGAGAUCACAGCAUCAGUCUGUCCUUUGUAGAUCUGGACAAUGAUCACAGAGCCAGAUUGGAUUAGUGAAACCUAUUUACCAGAAGUUCAGAGCGGUUGCAUGAAGCUGAAAGGCAGUCAGUAGGGAGAGGUGGAAAAUGCACCAGAUUUACAGCUGCAGCGAUGAAAAUUUAGAAGUUUUCACUGUGAUUUCUUCCAAAUGUGAGUACAUCAAAAGGACUGUUGGAGAUGGGGGGGUGGGGGUGAUGCCCAAAGUUGCAGGUGUCAGCCCCGCCAGCGGCGCGGCCCGGCACGUGGGAAUUACUGAACAGGAGUCAUCCAAGUCCUACAAUCACCUGUUGGAUGGAAAAUCUUUGAUCCCUCCAUCUCCAGUUGCCCACAUCACGGUGAAAGCUGUGGCUGUCACGGGCUCGCCCACACGCGACCGCACUUCUAUGGAAGACCACAGGCAGCGCUGGAGGAAGACAACAGAGUAUGACCUGGCCCUGCCACCAGGAGCAGAAGCUUCCCUACCACUGACAGGAGGCAACCUGUGUGGGACACCCAGCCUCCUGAGGAAGAUGUGGAUGAAGCACAAGAAGAAGUCAGAGUACCUGGGGGCAACAAACAGUGCCUUUGAGGCGGACUGAUAAGGCUCAGCAUCCCUUGGAAAGGCAGAGGGCCCUUUAGCAGGACAAGGUGCUUUAGGAUCCAUGAGGGAACGGACACAGCACAGCUCAUCCAGAAAAAUUAUAUCCUUUUUGUUACUUGAUGCCAUUGCCUCAGAACAGCGGGAGAAAGGCUAACAAAGGUAAAAAUGGUGAAUAUGAUGCAACUCAAUGGCCUUUCCUUGUUGCAUUACACUAAAAUCCUGACUAACCCACUAGAUUUACCUCUUGACUCAAUGCUGAGACUACUGCUGACCCAUUCAACAUUUCCUAUGUCCUGUCUGAAUGAGCUUGGACUUGCAACAAGAGAAGCCUAUGGAGAGUUUGUGUAUUCCUGCAAGACAACAGACUGAUUACAGAGUGCCAUUAAAUCCCAGGGAUCUGCCUGUGCACCACUGCCUGUCAUCUUUCCCCUCUCAUAUCAUGAGAUAAAAAACUCAUCUUGCGAUAUGCUUGGCUGAACAACACAUGCUAAAAAACAUCUCUUUUCCUUCAGUUUUGAUGUUUCAAGGCAGGAGUAAAAGAUGCAAAAAUUCUGAAACAAUGGACCAGAACUGAGCAAGUUUGCAAACAUAUGUACCAAACUUUGCUAUGUGACAAAUGACUUGUGUUUUAAGUUGUCUUGCCAGAUCAAACUGUGAGCAACAGGAUACCCUCAAGGGAUACUUUCUGCUGUAGAACCUGCUUAUGAGUGAAAUGGUAGUCAGCAAUUUACCCUCUACCCAUGUGGUAAAGGAUAUUACAUUAAGUGCACAAAAUACUAGGAGGAAGGAAAAAAUGUAAAUGGUGCAACUAGGUGACUAAGUAUAAGAUAUUUGCAUG